AUGGGUGUCACUGAGAUCCUCUCCCGCAAGACCGGCGUCAUCGUCGGCGACGAUGUUCUCCGUCUCUUCGAGUACGCUCAGGAGAAGCAGUUUGCUGUCCCCGCCAUUAACGUCACCUCUUCCUCCACUGUCGUUGCCUCCCUCGAGGCUGCUCGCGACGCGAAGUCCCCCAUUAUCCUGCAGCUUUCCCAGGGUGGUGCCGCUUACUUCGCCGGUAAGGGUGUUGCCAACGGUAACCAGGAGGCUUCCAUUGCUGGUGCCGUUGCCGCUGCCCACUACAUCCGCAGCAUUGCCCCCGCUUACGGCAUCCCCGUCGUUCUGCACACCGACCACUGCGCCAAGAAGCUCCUGCCUUGGCUCGAUGGCAUGCUCGACGCCGAUGAGGCUUACUUCAAGCUUCACGGAGAGCCCCUCUACUCUUCCCACAUGAUUGACUUGUCGGAGGAGCCCGUCGAAUACAACAUUAACACUACCGCUGCCUACCUGAAGCGCGCCGCCCCUAUGAAGCAGUGGCUCGAGAUGGAGAUCGGUAUCACCGGUGGUGAGGAGGAUGGUGUCAACAACGAGGAUGUUGACAACAACUCCCUUUACACCCAGCCCGAGGACAUCCUCGCCAUCCACAACGCCCUUAAGGAUAUCAGCCCCUACUUCUCCAUCGCCGCUGGCUUCGGUAACGUCCACGGUGUCUACAAGCCCGGUAACGUCCGUCUCCACCCUGAGCUGCUCUCCAAGCACCAGGCCUACGUCAAGGAGCAGACCAAGUCCACCAAGGACAAGCCCGUCUUUUUCGUUUUCCACGGUGGCUCCGGUUCCUCCAAGGAGGAGUACAAGGAGGCCAUCAGCUACGGUGUCGUCAAGGUCAACGUCGACACUGACAUGCAGUACGCCUACCUGUCCGGUGUUCGGGACUUCAUCCAGAACAAGAAGGACUACCUCCAGACCAUGGUCGGUAACCCCGAUGGUGCCGACAAGCCCAACAAGAAGUUCUUCGAUCCCCGUGUCUGGGUUCGUGAGGGUGAGAAGACCAUGUCCAAGCGUACUCAGGUCGCUCUUGAGGACUUCAACACUUCCGGCCAGCUGUAA